AUGACCGAAUACAAACUGGUCGUUGUGGGCGAUGGUGGUGUGGGGAAAUCGGCGUUGACGAUCCAAUUAAUUCAGAAUCAGUUCGUUGUGGAGUACGAUCCAACGGUGAGGUUUUGUAUUUUGUUUUCCUGGUUUUAGGUAUUAAAGAGAUGAAGAGGUAGAAAAGGUUAAAGAAAGGUGCAGUAUGGUUAAUAUUGGGAUAGGAAAACAUGUAAUAGGGAUUUUACUAGCCUUUUUGUUUUUUAUUUGGGCUUUAGGUUAAACGUUUGAAGGUCUAGGUUGAAUUACUUUAUUUUAGCAGGGUCUAAUGGGUAUACCUACAAAAAGCUGUUGUAAGCUAAUAUUUUGACUAUUAGACUAUAAUUCAUUGGUAUAUAUUGAAAAAAAUACAUAUUAUAUUUAUUUCUCAUUGACUAUAUGUGCUUUUUUACGCUUAUUGACGGUGGUAGGUCAAGUUAUAUUACUUUAGGCACUUUUCUUGGGUGUACCUAUAACAAUAAGUUAAAACUUUAGCUUGCUAAUUUAAAUAUGAGAAAAUUUACUAUAUUUACGUGAAAUAGGGUUUUAUGUUUCUAAUAAGUUGUGUGUUUAGAUGUUAUAUGCAUUGAUGGGCGUGGUACAUUUAUUUAUAUUGUUCCUGUCUUAUGUGACACAGAUGUUUGACGAAAAAUGUUGUAAUUGUGCUUUUGCUUCUUUAUAUAGAUUUCAGGUGUUUUAACUAGACAAAACGAAUAGUUACUCAUGUUUUUACACACACUCUAGUACUCAAUUUGUGCAUAUGACUUCCCUAAAAGCAAUUAUAUUGCUCGUGUUUUCGAAAAUUCAAACUUAUCUUUCCAAAUUAUUUCAGAUAGAAGACAGUUAUCGCAAACAAGUCCUAAUAGACGGCGAGACGUGUCUGCUGGACAUUCUUGACACGGCCGGUCAAGAGGAGUAUUCAGCGAUGCGGGAUCAGUACAUGCGGACGGGCGAGGGCUUUCUACUUGUUUUUGCACUUAAUGAACUCAAAUCUUUCGAAAAUAUUAAUCAGUACAGGGAACAAAUAAAACGCGUCAAGGACUCGGAAGAGGUAAGGGUCACAGCUUUUUGGUGUUUCGUUGUUUUAGUUAUGUCUAUAUUCAUCAUGAUGAGAUGGGUCAUGAUGGAUAAUAUGAAAUGACGUUUUGAGUUAUAACUUUUGGGGGAUAAUUUACAUUUUUAGUUUAAACAGGUUGAUUUAUUUUAGUUUUUAUUAUCUUAACAUUCCCUAAUUAUAGUGUUUAUGGUUUAUUUUAAGGUGCCGAUGGUCCUGGUAGGCAACAAAUGCGACCUCCCCCAACGUGCCAUGGAUCAGCGGCAAAUCGACGAUCUGGCCCGUAAUUUUGGCGUCCCCUACGAACAGACCUCGGCCAAAACGAGGGUGGGCGUAGACGACGCAUUCCACGCACUGGUCCGAGAGAUACGAAAACACAAAGAGAAACAGAAGGAAAAGCCGAAGAAGAAGAAGAAGUGCAACAUUUUGUGA